CUUUUUACUUCCCACAAUUUUAUUUUUUUCAAGCAAAUGUUACAUUUAAAGGGGCAAGAUCCCCCCAGCUCCUCGUCCCUGCUUGCUCUGACCCUUGAAGGUACAAUUCUGGGUUGAAUCUUCCCUUUCCUUCCCAAGCCAGAAGGGAACCCUAGAGCCAGAAAUACUAAGGCAGGAUGAGAGCCAGGGUGUAAAUUGCGGGGGUGGGGGGGCUUGUGCUUCCCCUUCCUGGGGUCCCCAGGUGAUGGUGGGGCCAAACCCAGGCACAGGUCACUGGGAAGGGGUUAAUACCUGUGUUUUAUGGAAGAAAAGUGGUUCACGAGGAGACAGGCCCUUUCCCAGGGUAUCACCUUCCCUGUCCCUCUGCUUCGCUGUCAAAUGGACACAAUUUUCUUUGCUUCAUAUACCAUGCAGUUGCCUGCUGCAGUUUAAUUGUUCUUAAUUCCCUUUUUAAUUAAUUGCCCUUCCUGCCCUUUUAAUUUCAGGAGCCGGUGAUGAGGCAGGGAAGAGCCUGGCUCUCAUGGGACCAUCUUUGGUCCCAUUUCUCCUCAUUUUUGAUAUUUUUUUCCUCUCCAACUCACAAAAAGCCAGGUUCAUUAACGGCACUUUGUUAGGCAGGGUGGAGCGCUGAGAUGCACCCCGUCUCCUCCUCCCCAACAACGUGACUAAUCACUUCAGAUCAGGAUUUCCGUUGCCCAGCCCAGACGUGCACCUUUCCUCUUGGCUGGGCAUUUAGCACCUCCUUGACCCUUUCCUCUUCCAAAUUGUGGCCAGUCUGGAGCGGGGAGCAGCUCGGUUGUGGGGUGGCAAAGCCAAGCCCAGCUCUUGAGCCAGGCUUAGAGUAGGAUUCAUCCUCAGGGAGCAGUUUAUCAGGGAGCAGAGUCUCCCAUGUACCCCAAAACUUCUCCCACCCGGAGUGAGAGGUUUCGGAGGAAGAAAAAAGUCGCCCCGCUUCUGUGGUCGGCGUUUGCGCGCGCAUUAAGCUUUCGGCAUCCCCCUUUCCCCAGGCCGGGAUGGUUGAAUCGAAGGUGUUGGAGGUUCCCCAAGUGACCAGUGGCAGCCGCGAUGAGAGCUCCGGCCCUCGCCUGAUGCCUCUCCUGCUGAUAAAAAUGAUCAACAAGUCUCGAGGGAAGAUACUCGGGGUGCUGGCGCUGUUUCUGGUGAUGGUUUGGUACUCGAUCUACCGGGAAGACAGGUACAUACAGCUCUUUUAUUUCCCCGUGCAAGAAAAUAAGACGACGUGUCCCCUUGGGGAGGUGGAAAAGAAAGCGGCGCAGCUAAUCGGGAACUACACGAGGGACCACCCGCUCUUCUUGCAGCUGAAGGACUAUUUUUGGGUGAAGACGCCGUCGCUCUACGAGCUGCCCUACGGCACGAAAGGAAGCGAAGAUGUCCUCCUGCGCUUGCUGUCGAUCACCCACUACUCACUGCCCGAGAGCAUCCAGAGCCUGAAGUGCCGGAGGUGUGCAGUGGUGGGCAACGGCCACCGGCUCCGCAACAGCUCCAUGGGGGAGACCAUCGACACCUACGACGUUGUGAUCAGGUUGAACAAUGCCCCGGUCCAUGGUUACGAGCAGGACGUGGGCUCUAAGACCACCAUGCGCCUCUUCUACCCGGAGUCGGCCCACUUCAACCCCAGGACCGAGAACAACCCCGACACGUUGCUGGUGCUGGUGCCCUUCAAGCCCAUGGACUUCCAGUGGAUGGAGGCCAUCCUCAACGACAAGAAGAGGGUUCGGAAAGGGUUUUGGAAACAGCCUCCAUUGAUAUGGGACGCUAACCCGGAGCGCGUGCGCAUCCUCAACCCUUACUACAUGGAAGUAACUGCUGCUAAACUGCUCAACCUCCCUAUGAAGCAACCACGGAAGGUCAAACAGAAGCCCACCACAGGGUUGUUGGCCAUCACCUUGGCACUGCACUUCUGUGACCUGGUGCACAUCGCGGGCUUUGGCUACCCUGACUCGGCCAACAAGAAGCAAACCAUCCACUACUACGAACAGAUCACGCUCAAGUCCAUGGCGGCAUCAGAGCACAAUGUCUCACACGAGGCGGUGGCCAUCAAGCGGAUGCUGGAGCUGGGUCUCGUCAAGAACCUCACCUACUUCUGAGGCCACCGGGGCUGCACAGGGACUGCGUUGUCCCCCUGCCCCACGCAGAGAGGGGGGGACACUCUGCACCGGCAUGCCCAGAGCUGGCUGAGAGCAGAGCAUCCUUGUCACCGCUGCCCCCUGGCCCUGGGACUCUUGUGAGGGAGCGGGGCCGGGGUCUGGGGGUGGCCGCGCUGGACCGCGGGGCCCCCAGCCUGGGGGUGGCUCUUGUGGGGGGCGCAGGGAGCCCCAGGGGAUGGGCCGUGAUGACGGCCGGUGCCUUUUCCUACCGACGCACUGAAGCUACAGAGGACCUUGGGGGGGAUCUUGGGGGUGAGGGGUUUUCCCUCCCAGCGGGCC